AUGCAAUCCAGUGCACGUGGUGUGGUGCGGCACCUGCUUGCAGCGCGGGCACGUGCCCCUUGCAGCAUCAGCAGCAGCACGACAGCAGCAGCAGCCGCGGCAGUAGCAGCAGCUGCUGCACGAAGAACGCUGGUGACAGCAUCAGCGUCGACAACAGCAGCAUCGGCAAGGGCCGCCGCCGCCAUCGCUGGCAAUGGCGUGUGUAGGUCUGCGUGGGCGCAGCUGGCCCUGUCGAGCCGGCGCAGCCUCGCAGCCCAGGCCAAGAAGAAGAAGGAUUCCAGCGGCCUGGGCGGCAUCAUCGCCGCCGCCACCGCGGGUGCCUUUGCCCUCACCACUGCCUUUGGCAUCUACACCCUUGGUGCACCCGAGCCCGUUCCACCAACGGAGCCUGGUCAGCCAGCACCCCCAGAGCCAGACAUGUCGCCUUCCGCUUGGGUGUCGCGCGCCUGGAAGAACGCACACCAGGUGUACCAGGACAAGAUGGACCCAAACCCCGAGCCGCUCCUGCCAGAUAUUCUGCCGUACCCGUACCGCGCAUCAGACUACACCAUUGUCCUUGAUCUCGAAGACACCCUCCUCCACACAGAAUGGACGGUGAGGGCUGGACACGUGGAGGAGCAGACAAAGGCAGUCAAGCAAUAG